AUGAAUUCAUCAUCAGAACCGCAAGCCUAUGGUGCGGGUCGGGUUGGGUCUGCUUUUGAUCCUAUUGGUUUUAUUAGAAAACCUCAAGUUAUUUUAAGAGUUGUUGCUUGGGUUUUUGCUAUCAUUGUUUUUGCAUGUAUUGCUCAAGACGGUUAUAUGAAUGAUGUUUGUCGUUAUAAUGAUUCAAAUGCUUGUGGUUAUGGCAUUGGGCUUGGUGUUAUUGCAUUUCUUUUAACAAUUGCAUUCAUGGGUCUUGAUGUUUAUUUUCCAAAUAUAUCCAAUGUUAAAACUCGUAAAACCAUUGUAACGGUAGAAUUAGCAACAUCAGGUAUUUUGGUUUUCUUAUGGUUCAUUGGCUUCUGCUAUAUGACUGAUCAAUGGCGAAAAGAACCUGAUAAGAAUAAAAACGAAUGGAAUGGUCGUAAUAGUGUUCAAGCAGCCAUCGCAUUUGCUUUCUUCUCAAUUUUCGUUUGGGUUGGUUUAACUUUUUUUGCAUUUCAACGUUAUCGUGAAGGUAUCCUAAAUUUAUUCAGUUCAAACUAUGAAGAUCCUUCAACAGGUAGCACACAGACAUAUGGUGGGUAUCCUCCGUCUGGUGGUGCAGGUAGUUUCUCUCAAUCACCAUUCACUGCUAACCAACAAAUGCAAACAAAUUAUCAGCCACCAACAUACUAA